UAAAGGUAUUAGAGAUGGACUACGCACGGAGUUUUGCCCAUUCUGAUUCCUUUACCAGCUUUAUUCAGAAGCCAGCUGUGGUACUCCGUCUUGUCACCACGUUUAUCAUGAUGCUGAUAUUUUCCUGUGUAUUAGACAAGGGCUACAACCAGGCUAACGUGUGCGAAUACAACCACAAACAGGGAGCAUGCAACUACACUGUGGGUAUUGCUGUCAUUGCUUUCUUUGCCGGCCUGGGCUUUCUGGCAGUCACCUACUUCUGGGAACAAAUCUCCAACACUGUCACUAGGAAAUAUGUGGUAUUCGGGGACAUGUCGUUCUAUGCAUUCUGGGCAUUCCUCUUUUUCGUUGAUUUCUGUUUUAUAACUGAUAUGUGGAGGAAAACUCCAGAUGCUACUAAAACAAUAAUGAGUGCUAUGACAAAGUCUAAUCUACAAUUUACGAUCGUGUGUUCGCUGGUCUGCAUCUUUUUACUGGCCCUACAAGCAUACAUGGCCUACAAGCAACUGAACGAAAUACAGAACGACGCCUCUGGUCUUGGUGGCUACAACGAUACCGCUGGAUUUGCUGGCAGCUACGGUGGUGCUCCUUUCCCGCCCCAUACAGAGACAGCUGGUGGUAACUAUCAGAGUCCAUAUGCCUCAUAAACAUGAUGUAUUGUUACAAGGCCCUGGUGGCUAUUGGUGCUUUUUACAUAUUAAUCAUUUCACUAUACGUGCAAAUUCAGAGAUGUUGUCGAGUUUAGAGAUGAUCUGUAAUACUUUCCCGUUCAUUGGAAUGAUUGGCCGGAGGAAGUUGUUAUAGAUUGCAUGAUUAUUUAUAAGAGUUUAAUGACUUGUAAUAGUGAAUUAUUUACGGGGAAGUGGAAAUAUUUUAAGUUGGCAGAUGACAUCCAGAGGCAGAACCACUGGUUCUUGUGACACUUAGCAGCACAGACUUAUCAAAAAUGUGACACGCUGUUACGUUUCAAAACAUAGUAGUUCUGCCUCUGUGUGUCACCCACCUUGUUAAAUCAUGCCAAUUUAUUAUUGAUCUUACCAUGAAAUGCCUUUAAAAUGAGCAAUUUCGAUAGAUUUUGGGGACAAAAUGUGAUUUUUAUUUUGAAACUCGCACGUUUCGUCUUCCUUGCUCCUUCUAGAUGUGCAUUUAAGUGAAUUUGUGACUUUCGUUUGAGACUUACAUUUUGUUUUGGUUUUUGAUUUGUCUACAAGUUUUAUAUAUGUCAGUAAUGUUUGCUUAAUGAUAA